AUGGAGAUAGACGCCACCUACUUCGCUGUCCCGUUCUCCGGCCUUGUUGUGGCCGUCGCUUUUCUCUACUGGCUACGAUGCCAGAGGCAUACCACCGCCGCGCCUCUUCCACCAGGGCCUAAGGCUUUCCCACUCAUCGGCAACGUGCUGGAUAUACCCCGGUCUAAACCAUGGAACACCUUCACAAAAUGGGGUAGAAGAUACGGACCCAUUGUACACGUCUCAGCUUUCGGAAAGUCCUUCAUCAUCCUCAACGACUCUCAAACAGCCAUCGAGAUGCUGGACAAGAAGAACAGAAUAUAUAACGGCCGUCCCAAUUUUGUUAUGGCAGGUGAACUGGUAGGCUGGGGAGAAGCUCAUCCUCUCAGCCAGCCUACGCAAACCUGGAGCGAGUACCGCAGGAUGACGCUUCAGUUCAUAGGCACGAAGGCUAAAUUAGAGGCCUUUACGGAGCUGCUCGAACAGGAAACCCUUGUAUACGUACAACGCAUCCAAGUGAAUCCCACUGCAUGGAAGGGUCAUAUUCGUAGAUUGGCUGGAUCCAUCGUGCUGCGAAUGACAUACGGAUACAAGGCUGCAGAAGAGGAUGAUGCAAUGGUGCAUCUAGUCGACACGGCAAUGGACACAUUCUCAGAGACUACAGCUGCCAAUGUCUUCCUCGUGGACACCUUCCCGUUCUUACGCUAUCUCCCGGAAUGGUUUCCUGGGGCAAGCUUCAAGUCGAAAGCGAGGCGUUACAAUGCAAUAGCUCAGAAAAUGGUCCAGCGCCCUUUCGAAUGGGCUAAGCAACGAUAUGAGAAAGGCGUGGGGGAGCCGUGCUUUGUUUCCGAUUGCUUGAGUAAGGAGGAAUUGACACCGGACAAGGAGCAGGUCCUGAAGUGGGCUGCAGCCGGGAUAUGCGGGGGUGGUGCUGACACGACAGUCGCGGGAAUCGAAGCUUUCUUUUUCGCCAUGGCCAGCCAAAAGGAUGCUCAAGAGAGAGCACAAGCCGAAGUCGACGCCGUUGUGGGUGCUAACAGGCUUCCUACGUUAGCAGAUCGCGCACGUCUGCCAUACUUCGAAGCUCUGUACCUUGAAGUUAUACGCAUGUACGUGUUCAUACCCAUGGGCCUCCCGCAUGCUUCUCUUGAGGAUGAUAUCCAUGAAGGAUACUUCAUCCCAAAAGGAUCCAUUAUGAUACCAAACAUGCGGGAGAUUUACAGAGAUCCUAAGACGUACACCAAUCCGGAAAGGUUCGAUCCGCAACGCUUCCUUCCGACCUCUGACCAUGAAAUGGCAAAGGAUCCGAGAGACUACUUGUUUGGGUUCGGUCGCCGGAGAUGCCCCGGCAUUUACCUCGCCGACGCCUCAAUGUGGUUAGCCUGUGUCGCUGUUCUCGCAGCGUUCGACAUACGACCUCCAAUGGAAGACGGAAAGCUCGGAGUGCCCCAGGAUAACUUCACGACAGAAACGAUCAGUCACCCUGAGGACUUCGAACCCAUCAUCAAGGCGAGAGGGACUGCGAACGGCAUAGCCAUCGUGGAGUGA